GUUUGGAUGAGUCACUUAAAAAGCAUCGGUUCAAAUGAAUGAUUCGUUCAUGGAAUCACCAGAAAUCUAACGAAAACGCGCUGAAGUAUGGAUUAGUAGCAGGAAUGAACAGCACAGCCUGAGAGUGGAUUCACUGUGUAGUGUCUGAAAAAACAAAAGUGCGGGGUGUUUCUGCUCUCCGUCAGUGCAGUGUGUUUCCCGUCACCCACUUCAGCGGAGCUCCGAGCACAGGAUGGCGGAGACUCACGGCGGGAUCUGCGGGCAGGAGUCCCGGCGAGCGGCUCCGGUUCAGACCUUUAACCACCGCUCCUCCAAAUGGGUCCGUCUAAACGUCGGGGGAACGUAUUUUCUGACCACCAGACAAACACUCUGCCGGGACCCAAAAUCAUUCCUGUUCCGACUGUGCCAAACGGAACCGGACCUCGAUUCUGACAAGGAGCUCUUGAAGAGGCCGAGUUCUACAACAUCACCUCACUAAUAAAACUGAUCAAGGAGAAAAUCAUCGAAAGAGACGCCAAGAGCACACACACGCCAGUCAAGCAUGUGUACCGAGUGCUGCAGUGUCAAGAAGAAGAGCUGACGCAGAUGGUCUCCACCAUGUCGGACGGGUGGAAGUUUGAGCAGCUUGUCAGUGUAGGUUAUGGGCGGGCCCAGAAGUCAGAGUUUUUCCUGAUUGUGUCUCGGGAGGUGAAGGGGGAGGAGUCAAGCCAAACUCACCCCGCCCACAGUGGAGAGCUGGUCAGCAUCGGGUCGUCCUAUAACUAUGGUAAUGAGGAUCAGGCCGAGUUCCUGUGUGUCGUUUCUAAAGAGCUGCACAACCAGUCGUACAUGAGCAGCUCUCAGCCCAGUGAGAAAGCCAAGAUUCUGCAGGAGCGCGGCUCUAGAAUAUGAUCAUCUGUGUUUUUGAGGCAUAUCAGUUGUUUCUCUAUGAGCUUAUUCUUCUCACGCCUUGAGCACCGGAUACCAGAAGAGCACCAGAAGAGCCGAUUCGCAGUCCCAACCGUGCCUGAGGACACACAAGCGGAUUCUCGGCUCAGGAUCGGGACUAAAGUAAACCUCAGGGAUCAUCGGGACACUGCACUGAGUCACAGCUCACUCCUUCAGCAGUCAGUAGAAUCAGCAUAUAUGCUCUGCACAUACAACAGUGGGAUCCCCAUACAGAAAUCUGAUGUACAGUCACCGCCACUUCAUUAGGUACACCUUACUAGUAUCGGGUUGGAACAAGCUCGAAUCCUUCUUGUCUGACCUCUAGCAAUUGCGCCCACAGAACUGCCACUCACUGAAUAUUUUCCCUUUACUGGACCAUUCUCUGUAAACCCUAGAGAUGGUUGUGCGUGGAAAUCCCAGUAGAUCAGCAG